AUGAAGACUCCAUUGCGCAUAGCUAUCCUCGAAUGUGACACGCCGCCAGCGGCUAUCGUCGAAAAAUACGGCCGUUAUGACCGCAUCUUCACAACGUUGCUCGAAGCAGCGGCCACCGAAUUGGGCUUGUCUCCCAAACAAGACCUCGAGUUGAGCGCCUUUGACGUCGUCACUGCGCAAGAGCAUCCAGACCUCGAAAACAUAGAUGCAGUCUUGAUCUCGGGUUCCAAACACAACUCGUUUGACAAUGACCCCUGGAUUGUAAAACUCGUGGAAUUCACAGAAAAACUGCUCAAUCAAGACCGCAUCCGCAUCAUCGGCGUAUGCUUUGGCCACCAGAUUCUCGGGAGGGCUGCAGGCGCCAGAGUGGGACGCAGCGACGACGGAUGGGAGAUCUCCGUACUGCCUGUGCAGCUCACGGAGAAGGGCAAGGAAAUCUUCCAGCAGGACACACUUGCCAUCCAUCAAAUGCACAAAGACGUCGUCUUUGAGUACCCUGCAGGCGUAGAGAAACUGGGUGCCUCACCCCGCUGUCUAGUCCAGGGCAUGUACAAAAAAGGCCGCUUGAUUUCCGUCCAAGGCCACCCGGAGUUCACAGAGCCCAUUGUCUCGUACCUGGUCAAAAUGCGCGCCGAGCAGGGCAUCUUUGAGGAGCAGCAGGCUAGAGAUGCGCUGGACCGCGUCGCAAAGCAUCACGAUGGACUGGUGAUUGCAAAGGCGUUUCUCCGCUUCCUGCUCGAGGACUAA